AUGUGGACAUUAAUGAAGAGGAGGACAUUAUAGGAUCAAUUGCUUCCUCAGAUCGAUGGACGAAUUGGAGAGAUGAGUUAGCUAAGCAAAUGUUUGGUGAGUGGAGAGGUCAUCAUGAUUACUAGUUGAUGGUUAUGUAAAAAAUUAUGCUCUAACUGCUUAUUUAAUAUUGUUUGUUAAAUCUUUUGGAUAAUAUGUAUGAAGGCAAACUUAUAUUAUAUUAAGUGCAACAUUUGAGAUUUAUUGUUAUUUUGUUUGCAUCUUGUUUUGAUAAUGUUGGAAUCAUGAAAUGUUUACUUGAAUAGCAAUGGAAGCUGGAGGUAGCAGUAACGAUAAUAGGUGGGGUGAAUCUAGGCGUACAUGGAGUAGAGGUGAGGAAGAAGCUUUGCUGGUUCUUUUAGAUGAAGCUGUAGCUAGUGGGCAAUGUUGUGACACGGGAGCAUUUAAACCUGGUACACUUAAUAUGAUUGAGCGGAAACUGGCUGAAAUGUGUCCUAACUCGGGAUUGCGAGCAACUCCACAUAUUGAAUCGAAGCUAAAAAAGUGGAAGAAGCAAUAUGGCAUCAUAUACGACAUGCUGAACAAAAGUGGAUUUGGAUGGAAUGACACUCUUAAAUGUGUGGAGAUUGACAGUGACAAUGCUUGGAAAGCAUAUGUGCAGAGUAAUCCAAGUGCAAAAAGUUGGAGAGAUAAACCUUUUCCGAUAUAUGAGAGGCUUGCUAAUAUUUUUGGGAAGGAUCGGGCAACAGGACAUGGAGCACAAACUCCAAUUAAUUUAGUUAAUGAUAUAAAUAUGGAGCCUGACAAUGACCAAUUUGAUGAUGUGGGUUCUCCAAUGUCUAUGAAUCAAACACAUAGUCAACUGCCCACACAAUCCCAAUUAAGAGGUAAGAGGAAAGCUCAAUCGAAGGAUGUUGACAUCGUUAGCGGGUUAAACAAUGUAGCAGAUAAGUUUAUUGAUAAAUUAGCUACACAGUUAGACAAGUUGGAGAAGUCUGAUAUCAACUAUUCACAAUACUUAGCUAUGGAGCUUGACAGGUUAGGAUUCCCUAUUACUGACAAUCUCAAAAUCUCUAAGGCAAUGAGAUCGGAUCCAUCGAACGUUGAGGUUUUCAAGAUUAUUAAAACCGAUGCGCAGAAGAUUGAAUUUGCUCGUGGAUUUUUGGAUAACUAAAUUAGUAUUGUUGUGGAUUAUAUAUUUAUGGAUAUGUAUGAGAGGAUGACAACUAUGAACAUUUGGAAUUGAAACUUAUGGACAUAUAUUGUAACGUAUUGAAUGUUGGUUUCUAAUUAUGCAUGUACGGAUAAUUUUAUUAUUAUGUGUUAUGUUUUAGAAUAUUAACAUGCACUUUA